GUUCUUAUUGGGACGAACUUUGAUAAAAGAAAAACACAUUGCGAAGAAAGUUAGAGGUUAUGUUGACUGUUGCCAUAAGUAUGUGGACUGGUGGCUGUUAAUUUUGCAGCUCAGAAAAAUUGAACGUUUUUUUACUACGUAAUAAACAGGCAAAUAGUCAAAAUUUGGAAACUAUAUUACAUGAUAAAAACAAACAGAUCCUUCAACAAUGACAUCGGAAGAUCCAGCCGUCAUUGAAGUUGAAGAUUCGGGUACCAGCAUAAGCGAUUUCAUUCAGAAAUCGUUUGCUGUUAUCAAAGAUGGCAUCAAAGCUUCAAACAGUCUACCAAGUGCUGACAACUUUAACUACUAUACCUGCUUCCCAACAUUCAACGAGAUUCGAAAUGAACAAAUCAAGAAAAUUCUUAAUUCUAUGCAAGGUAUUGUGGAGAGGGCAGGAAUUGCAGGCAAUAUCAAACAAAGGGAUAUUGAAGAAAAAUUUGACUUAAUUCUUGAAUCAAACGAUAUAUAUCUAGAUCAAGCUGGACUCUGUAUGGAUGAAGCAUCUGGAAUAAGUAAAAAUCCUACUGUUGAGUUAAUCAUUUCACAAACUAAUUCACCGAGACACGUAAAUGGAUCCUGGAAUACUAACAAUUCUAAUACUGCUAAGUCUGCAUCGCAGAGUUCCAAUCCUGCACAGGCUGUUAGAUUAUUGGCUGCAAAAAACAUACAAAGACCUCAAUUAACAUUUAAAGAUAAAAUUGACAAUAGCCAAAAGCCAUGGGAGCCCAAAAUUAAAUAUAAACCAAAUUCAUUAAAACCGCUGGCUAUAUACUUGGAGUGUGGGGAUGAAGGAGAAGAAAUAUUUUGUCAUCCAUAUGAGUUUGAACUUGAUAAAUUUCAACCACCAGAAAAGCAGUUAGUGAAAAAGCGUCCAACUAAGUACAAGCCAGUUCUUGACACACCAUUGAUCGUAAUUGAGAAAGUUCAAGAUCUUAAAAUAUUGUUGGAAGACUUGGAAAAGUACAAUGAAAUUGCUGUAGAUUUAGAACAUCAUUCUUACAGAAGUUUUCAAGGUAUUACCUGUCUUAUGCAAAUUUCUACAAAAGACACAGAUUACCUGAUUGACACAUUGACAUUAAGGUCCGAACUGCACGUUUUAAAUGAAAUAUUCACAAAGCCAUCAAUUCUCAAAGUAUUUCAUGGUGCUGACUCUGACAUUCUGUGGUUACAAAGAGAUUUGGGUCUAUAUAUAGUAAACAUGUUUGACACAUACCAAGCAGCAAAGCAAUUGGGAUUGCCAUUUUUGAGUUUAUCUUACCUCUUGAAAACGCAUUGCGAAAUCAGUGCAAACAAACAUUUUCAGUUGGCAGAUUGGCGUAUUAGACCAUUACCAGAAGAGCUUAUGAAAUAUGCUAGAGAAGAUACGCAUUAUUUAUUGUACAUAAAAGAUAUUUUAAGCAAUGCUCUCAUUGAUUCUGCUAAUGGUCAAAGCAACAUUUUAAAAGCUGUAUAUACCAGAAGUACCGAUAUAUGCAAACAAACUUAUACCAAACCAGUUUGGACAGAAAAUAGUUAUAAAGCUAUGUACAGAAAAAGUCAGAAAAUGUUCAACAAUCGACAACUCUUCGCUUUGCAAGAGUUACACAAAUGGAGGGAUGAGACAGCUCGAGCUGAGGACGAUAGCACAAACUACGUUUUACCAAAUCAUAUGUUAUUGAAUAUUGCAGAGACACUUCCUAGAGAAAUGCAAGGUAUUCUUGCUUGCUGCAACCCGAUUCCACCACUGGUUAGGCAAAAUCUAUUGAAGAUUCACAAGAUGAUAUUGAAGGCUAGAGAACAGCCUCUGAUAAAACCUAUUUUAGAAGAUGACAUGAAACAAAGAUUGACCCAAAGAAAUCAAGUUUCAAACUCGGAGUCUUGGAUUUUUGCACCGCACGAUACACCAAGUGGCAUGGAAGCUGAAGCAAAUCUUCCUUGUUUGUUAAAUACUUCCUCUACAGAGAACAAAGUAAUGAAUGAAACAAAAUUAAAACCAGCCAUAAAUAUUUUCGAAAGUUCGUCAGAGGACGAAGGCGGGGAUUCGAGAUCCGAAAAUUCGAGGAAAAAGGGAAAACUUGUUUUUAUUAGUCCAUUUGAGAGAUACAAGCGUGUGAUGCCCAUGAUAGUUGAAGAGGAAAGAAAAGCAAGAGAAAAGGCAGAGCAAGAGGAGGCAGAAAGAAUAAGGAAAUUGCAAAAGAGUCAGCAGGAUACUGCUGCUAGCAUAAGUAGGGUUCACGAACACUUUGUUACAGUGGUGCAAGAAAAUGUUAUUAGUCCCAAACUCACGGGAAAUGCAGUAUCAGCCGAUAAAAAGUCUCCCCAGAUGAUCCAAGUAAAUUCACGCUUUGACAGGAUAGUUCAUAAGCAUCAUAACAGGUCUCCUUCAUCGUACCAGACUCUUAGCCAGAUGCCUGGCAAGAAAAGAAAGAGGCAAUUGAGUCCUGAAGUCAUUCGACCUUUCAGAAACAAUAAGAGCAAUGCUGACAAAGGAAACAAGCGUAAACGCCAAUAACUACAUUGUUUCAAUGUAGCUUUAAGACGACCGUUUGCUUAUACACUUGAAAUAUCAGAAAGUCUAUUUUGCCGCUAUCUAACUAUAGAUAAUUUUUCUGUAUCGUUUGCGGAUUUAAGCAAUACUGACGCAGAUUACUUUAUUAUUAUUAAAAUCUACGUGCUACUUUAAGAAAUCUUGACCCUUAUGGUAGCCAAAAUGUAAAUAUACGGAUAAUUUUAUAAUUCUAUGAUAAUCGAUCGUGAGAGAAGAAAGUUUAUUAGACUACAGGUCGUUGUUACACGAUAACCGCCAGGUUGAAAGAAAAGGUUUGAUUUCCUCCGAAUUCGAUGAAAAGUUUUUCUACGAGUAAAUGCAAUGUAAAAAUAAAUGUCGUUUAAAUAAGAAAAA